AUGGCAUCCAUGUCAUCGCUGGGCUAUUCGUCGCCCCUCGACUCUAAUCGAGUCAGGGCGCAGCCCUUUGUCAAGUUAGCCAUCGUCCUCUCGACUGCCCUCGGCCACGCCCUUGCAGCCCCUGUCGUUGGACGUGAUCAUCACCAGCUCCCCUUCUCCGCAUCAAGGCACCACGACGAAGAUGAGGGUCCACGCUCUACUGGUCAGCUCAUCAUCGACUUGCUCGGCGUUGCUGGCCUCGUCGCCUUGGGAGGCAUCUUUGCCGGCCUGACGCUCGCUCUCAUGGGACUCGAUGAGCUGCACCUUCAAGUCCUCUCGAGCUCGGGCACAGACCUUGAGAGGCGCAGAGCUUCUAAAGUGCUCAGGCUUCUCGCAAAGGGAAAACAUUGGGUUCUCGUUGUCUUGCUGCUGGGAAACGUCAUCGUCAACGAGACGCUGCCCGUCUUCCUCAGCGACUUUGGUGGUGGACUCGCGGCCGUCUUCACAUCGACGAUUCUCAUCGUCAUCUUUGGCGAAAUCGUUCCGCAAUCGGUCUGUGCUCGCUAUGGUCUGGCCAUUGGCGCCUUCUGUGCUCCCCUCGUCAACCUCACGAUGCUCGUCUUUGCUCCCGUUGCCUGGCCCACUGCCAAGCUCCUGGACUGGUGCCUGGGCGAAGACCACGGCACGACGUAUCGCAAAGCCGAACUCAAAACGUUUGUCUCCCUGCACCAAACGCUGGGUGCAGAGAACCUGAGCGAGGACGAAGUGACCAUUAUCCGCGCCGUCCUCGACCUCAAUGACAAGACAGUCAAGGACGUCAUGACGCCCAUCGAAGAUGUCUUCAUUCUCUCGGCAGACACAGUCCUCGAUGAUGAGGGUGUGAGCAAGCUUGUCAACUCGGGCUAUUCCCGUGUCCCCGUUCACGAACCAGGAAAGAAGGAUGCCAUUCUCGGCAUGCUGCUCGUGAAGAAGCUCAUCCAAUACGACCCAGAAGACGCUAUGCCCGUUUCGUGGUUCACCCUUACCCCCUUGCCUGAAGCAAGCCCCGAACUCACCCUCCUGGACUGCCUCAACUACUUCCAACAAGGACGCUCCCACAUGCUCCUCGUCUCCUCCGCACCUGGCGAGUCAAAGGGAGCAAUGGGCGUCGUCACCCUCGAGGACGUAAUCGAAGAGAUGAUCGGCGAAGAAAUCGUCGACGAGUUCGACACCAUUUACAGCAAUACGAUCAAGGUACCGGUACAGCGUCGUGACCCCUCUCAGCAAAAGGGCGCGCCCGGCGCAUGGGCUCCGCUCAUCAAGGGAAUCAUUGAGCGUCGUCGCAAGUUUGGCGGCCCGGCUCGCACGCCUCUGCGCUCAAGCUACGGC